CAAACUUUAGGGCAAACGAAGAAAGGUAAUCAAGAAGAACAAAAUCUGGGAGGGAAAGCAAAGUGAAGGCGAUGGUGCUUUCCGAGGAAGAAGUUUCGAGGCUGUUCCGAAUCAGGAAGACGGUGAUGCAGAUGCUGAGGGACAGAGGGUACCUUGUGGGAGACUUCGAAAUCAACAUGUCCAAGCACCAGUUCAAAUCUAAGUACGGCGAGCACAUGAAGCGUGAGGACCUCGUCAUCAACAAGUCCAAGAAGGAUAACUCCGGCGACCAGAUCUACAUCUUCUUCCCGGAGGAGGCCAAGGUCGGUGUUAAAACCAUGAAGACUUACACUAACCGCAUGAACUCCGAAAACGUCUACAGAGCCAUUCUCGUCACUCAGACCAGCCUCACCCCCUUCGCCAGAACCUGCAUCAGUGAAAUCUCCUCCAAGUUUCACUUGGAGGUUUUUCAGGAGGCAGAGCUGUUGGUGAACAUUAAAGAUCAUGAGCUUGUCCCUGAACAUCAGAUUCUCACUGAGGCAGAGAAGAAAACUUUGGUUGAGAGAUACACUGUGAAAGAAACCCAGCUACCUAGGGUUCAGGUGACUGAUCCUGUUGCAAGAUACUAUGGAUUGAAGCGAGGUCAGGUUGUCAAGAUUAUACGGCCAAGUGAAACAGCUGGCAGAUAUGUUACUUACAGAUUUGUUGUAUAGAAGUUUAGCUUUCACAGGACAUGUUUCAUA